AUGCAAAACAACAUUGAAUAUGCCGAAGGCCGACUGCCGUCAUAUACCAAAGGCUGGAUAGUUCGUAGCGGGGCCAAUAUCAAUGAAAAUUUUGACAGCCUCGAAUGGCAAGAAGCAAUUCCAAUUCCUGAUCUUGGACACCACGAUAUUCUCGUCAAGUUCCAUGCUGCGUCUCUUAAUUAUCGAGAUUUGAUGGUUGCAAAGGGUCAAUAUAAAUUCGGUACGCGAGAGAAUGUUGUCCCAGGUAGUGAUGGAGCAGGGCAAGUUGUCUGUGUAGGAAAAUAUGUGACAUACUUCCAGCCAGGCGACAAGGUGGUUACGGUUUUCAACCAGAAAGAGCCAGUAGGAUCUACCAGAGCUGCUACCUUAGGCACAAGCUUUGGGUUGGGAGGCCUACAUGAUGGAACUCUCCGUCAAUACGGAGUGUUCAACGAAGAAGGGUUGAUGGACAUACCGUCCAAUCUGAGCCUCACCGAAGCAGCCACAUUGUCGUGUGCAGCGCUGACUGCAUGGAACGCGCUCUACGGCCUCCAACCCCUCCAGCCGGGGCAGGUCGUUUUGACACAGGGCACUGGAGGCGUAUCCAUCUUCGCUUUACAAUUUUCCCUCGCCGCUGGUGCAAUGGUAAUUGCCACAACGUCUUCACCUGAAAAAUGUUCCCUUCUUAAAAGGCUGGGGGCACAUCAUACUAUCAACUAUAAAGAAGAUCCAGCUUGGGGUGCUACAGCAAGAUCCUUGACGCCUGCUGGACAGGGUGUCGACUGUAUUGUCGAGGUUGGUGGGGCUGCAACGAUGCAGCAGAGUCUCAACAGCGUUAGACGCGGCGGUCACAUCGAAAUUGUUGGCUAUCUGGGACGCCACUUUAACCAAGAACCAGUAUUGAUGGAAGCCUUUCGCCGUCUCUGUACAGUGCGAGGCGUGGCUGUGGGAACUCGCCAACAGUUCUCCAAUAUGUUACGUGCCAUACAGACCAAUAACAUCAAGCCCUUGAUAGACAGAAAGGUCUUCAGGUUGGAAGAUGCCAAAUCCGCUUAUGAGUAUGCUUGGAAUAUGGGUCAUAAGGCCUAG